AUGUUCGUCGUUGCCAAUGCCGCCGGUGAAAACAUCAACUUCACCGAAUUCACCAUCUCUGGCUCCACCUACGAACCUUCCGGCAAGGUCUACCAGAACGGCCGCGAGAUCAACCCCGCUAGCAACGAAUUCGAGGCACUCACCGAAAUGGCCACCAUCUGCUCCAUGUGCAACGAUUCGGCUGUUGAUUACAACGAGACGAAGCGUGCCUACGAAAAGGUCGGUGAAGCCACUGAGACUGCCCUGGUCGUGUUGGCCGAGAAGAUGAACGUCUACGGCACCUCCAAGCAAGGCCUGAGCCCUCGUGAUCUCGGAAACGUCUGCAACCGUGUCAUCCAGCAGAAGUGGAGGAAGGAGUUCACCCUCGAAUUCUCCCGUGAUCGCAAGUCGAUGUCUUCUUACUGCCUGCCCACGUCCGGCGGAUCUGGCGCCAAGAUGUUCGUCAAGGGAGCCCCUGAGGGAGUGCUCGGCCGCUGCACACACGUUCGCGUCAACGGCGAGAAGGUACCGAUGACCCAGUCGAUGAUGCAGAAGAUUGUCGAUCAGUGCAUCCAGUACGGUACUGGCCGUGAUACUCUUCGUUGCUUGGCCCUUGGAACCAUCGAUGCCCCAGUUUCCCACUCGAGCAUGAACCUCGAAGACGCUACCCAGUUCGUGAAGUAUGAGCGUGACAUCACCUUCGUCGGUGUUGUUGGCAUGUUGGACCCGCCCAGGACUGAGGUCAUGGAUUCGAUCAAGAACUGCCGUCACGCCGGAAUCCGUGUCAUCAUGAUCACCGGUGACAACAAGAACACCGCCGAGGCGAUUGGCCGUCGCAUUGGACUCUUCGGAGAGGAUGAGGACACCACCGGAAAGUCGUACACCGGACGCGAAUUCGACGAUCUGCCCCCGGAGCAGCAAUCUGAUGCUUGCCGUCGUGCAAAGCUGUUCGCCCGUGUCGAGCCUGCCCACAAGUCCAAGAUCGUCGAGUACCUCCAGAGCCAGGGCGAGAUCACCGCCAUGACUGGUGACGGUGUCAACGAUGCCCCCGCCUUGAAGAAGGCCGAGAUUGGUAUCUCCAUGGGAUCCGGAACCGCUGUCGCCAAGUCCGCUUCCGAGAUGGUGUUGGCUGACGACAACUUCAGCUCCAUCGUCUCUGCCGUUGAGGAAGGACGUGCCAUCUACAACAACAUGAAGCAGUUCAUCCGUUACCUCAUCUCUUCCAACGUCGGAGAAGUCGUCUCCAUCUUUAUGGUCGCCGCUCUUGGUAUCCCCGAGGCCUUGAUCCCCGUCCAGCUCCUCUGGGUCAACCUUGUCACUGACGGUCUUCCGGCCACCGCCCUCGGCUUCAACCCGCCCGACCUUGACAUCAUGGACCGCCCGCCCCGAUCUGCCACCGAGGGCCUCAUCUCCAAGUGGCUCUUCUUCCGUUAUCUGGCUGUCGGAACCUAUGUCGGUAUUGCCACGGUUGGAGCCUCCAUGUGGUGGUUCUUGCUGUACGAGGAUGGACCCCAGAUCUCCUACUACCAGGUCACCCACUGGAUGCGAUGCGAGAUUGAGCCUGAGAACUUUGCCGACUUGGACUGCGCCGUUUUCGAGGACAACCACCCGAACGCGAUGGCCCUGUCUGUGCUUGUCACGAUCGAGAUGUUGAACGCCAUCAACUCGCUGUCUGAGAAUCAGUCGAUCCUGGUGAUGCCCCCGUGGACGAACAUCUGGUUGUGCGGAGCCAUCGCUCUUUCGAUGUCGCUUCACUUCGUCAUUCUCUACGUCGACAUCCUCGCCACUAUCUUCCAGAUCACGCCUUUGAACGUGGUUGAAUGGGUAGCGGUGCUCAAGAUUUCUCUGCCGGUGUUGUUGCUCGAUGAGAUUCUGAAGUUCAUCGCCCGCAACUACAUCGACGUUGCGCCAAAGGACAAGAGGGAU